AAACUCAACACGGAGCAAUCAUGCUGCUCUUUUGAGUGCCAGCCUCCCCGAGGGCCUCCUGGACCUCCCGGCGACCCGGGCAAUGAGGGAGAAAGAGGCAAGCCAGGUCUUCCUGGCCAGAAAGGAGAGGCUGGAGAGCCAGGCAGGCCAGGGGACAUGGGACCUGUUGGCUACCAAGGAAUGAAGGGUGACAAAGGAAGUCGAGGAGAAAAGGGCUCAAGAGGAGCCAAGGGAGCCAAGGGUGAGAAGGGCAGGCGUGGAAUUGAUGGCAUCGAUGGUAUGAAGGGUGAAGCUGGAUACCCCGGGUUACCUGGCUGCAAAGGCUCACCUGGAUUCGACGGAGCUCAAGGCCCACCUGGACCAAAGGGAGAUCCUGGUGCUUAUGGACCCAAAGGAGGAAAGGGGGAGCCUGGGGAUGAUGGAAAACCUGGCCGACAGGGAAUUCCCGGCAGCCCUGGAGAGAAGGGUGCGCCUGGAAACCAGGGUGAGCCUGGACCAGCAGGAGAGACAGGCGACGAGGGUGCUCCAGGCGCAGAUGGUCCUCCUGGAGAACGGGGCAGCAAUGGAGAAAGAGGACCCCUGGGCUCACCAGGUGACCGCGGGCCAAGAGGAGAGCCGGGAGAGCCCGGACCACCUGGUGACCAAGGGCGGGAAGGACCCCUAGGACCACCUGGCGACCAGGGUGAGGCUGGACCCCCAGGACCCAAGGGCUACAGGGGAGACGACGGCCCCCGUGGCAACGAGGGCCCAAAGGGUUUUGCUGGAGCACCUGGGCUGCCUGGAGACCCUGGCCUCAUGGGAGAAAGGGGGGAGGAUGGCCCUCCCGGGAACGGCACAAUUGGAUUCACAGGUGCUCCGGGGCAGCCAGGAGACAGAGGUGAUCCUGGCAUUAACGGAACAAAAGGCUAUGUCGGUCCUAAAGGUGAUGAAGGAGAAGCUGGAGACCCUGGCAAUGAUAACCCAACCCCUGGCCCCAGAGGCAUCAAAGGAGCGAAGGGCCGCAGGGGACCCGAAGGCCGCCCGGGACCACCAGGACCUGUGGGACCUCCAGGACCAGAUGAAUGUGAAAUCUUGGACAUCAUCAUGAAGAUGUGCUCUUGCUGCGAGUGCACUUGUGGUCCCGUCGACCUCCUCUUCGUGUUGGACAGCUCGGAGAGCAUCGGCCUGCAGAACUUCCAGAUUGCCAAGGACUUCAUCAUCAAAGUCAUCGACCGCCUGAGCAAGGACGAGCGUGUGAAGUUUGAAGCUGGGGAGUCUCGUGUGGGCGUUGUGCAGUACAGCCAUGACAACACGCAGGAGCUGGUGGCCAUGGGGGAUGCCAACAUAGACAACAUUGGGGCACUCAAACAGGCAGUCAAGAACCUGAAAUGGAUAGCUGGGGGCACGUACACUGGAGAAGCCCUGCAGUUCACCAAGGAAAACUUGCUACGGAGAUUCACCUCUGACAAGCGUGUCGCCAUUGUCAUCACGGAUGGACGCUCUGACACACUGCGGGACCCUACCCCGCUCAACUCUCUGUGCGAUGUCACCCCGGUGGUUUCCCUUGGGAUAGGCGACAUUUUCCGGAACCCUCCAAAUCCAGAUCACCUGAAUGACAUUGCUUGUUUAAGCAGACCGACCAGGCCAGGAUUGUCCAUUCAAAGGGACAACUAUGCCGAGCUCCUGGAUGACACCUUCUUGCAGAACAUCACCUCAUACGUCUGUCAAGAGAAGAAAUGUCCGGACUACACCUGCCCAAUCACCUUCACUGGGCCAGCGGACAUCACGCUGCUGGUGGACAGCUCCACCAGCGUGGGGAGCAAGAACUUUGAGACCACUAAGAAGUUCGUGAUGUUCCUGGAGGCCAGUAAGCCUGCUGAUGACUCUGUGCGUGUCUCGGUAGUCCAGUACAGCGGCAGGAAUCAGCAGAAAGUGGAAGCUCAGUUCCAGUACAACUAUACGGUCAUCGCCAAAGCCAUUGACAACAUGGAGUUCAUUAAUGACGCCACGGACGUCAACGCCGCUCUGCGGUACAUCACAGGGCUGUACCAGCGGUCCUCCCGUGGUGGAGCAAAGAAGAGGGUGCUGGUGUUUUCUGAUGGCAACUCUCAAGGGAUCACCGCGAGGGCCAUUGAAAGGGCUGUACAGGAAGCUCAGCAGGCUGACAUCGAGAUCUACGUGCUGGCGGUGGGCAGCCAAGCCAACGAGCCCAACAUCCGUGUCCUGGUCACGGGGAAGAGUGCAGAUUAUGAUGUGGUCUACGGGGAGCGCCACCUCUUCCGUGUGCCUGACUAUACCUCUCUGCUGCGUGGCGUCUUCUACCAAACUGUCUCCAGGAAGAUAGCUGUUGACUGAGCAUCUGGGUGGGCUUCUGCCAAGGCCAUACCUGCUUCUGUCUCGCCUAAAAAUGAAAACCAAGAAAACAAAAAAAAAAAGUUAACAGUAUCCUUGACCAACCUGAGGAACUUGCGUCUAUGCAGAUAGCCAUAGUGCCACAGCCUGGCUGUGCAUAGUCCCCUUCCUUCUCCCCCUGCUUCAUCAUCUGCAUCUCUACUCUGUUAG